GUGGAUCCUGGUUUAAUUUACAAACCAAGGUCUAACUUAUUGAUGUGUGAAGUGACAGAUGGUUACACUGAAGAAGUGCAGCUGUUUCCCUUCAUCCCUCCUCAUUCCUCAAGAGAGAAACCAGCUGCUGAUGCAACAACGACGACUACAAUAUCACCAACAUCAGGGACAAUGAGCACAUCAAAAGGUUGGGGGAGGAUCCUCUUUGUGCCCGUGGGUUUAGCAGCUCUCAUAAUAAUUGUUGUGGCGGUCAACAUGUGGACGAGAGCUAAAGAGAAGAAAACACAGACGGAGGAAAUCGCUGUGCGUUAUGAUGUAGAUGAUGAUACAGUGAACUAUGAAAACAUCAGAUCUCCUGAUGGAGUUUGACCAACACUUCUGCCUCCAUCAGACUCCACUGAUCAACUCGUCACCUUUUACUGGACUAGUUCAAGACUGGAAAUAACUAAAAGAAUCAUUAAGGCUUAUUUCAUUUUAGUCUGAUGUAUUUUCCUGCAUCAGUUGUAUAAAAACCUUUUCUCAUCUGCAGCCAGUUGAGAACAGCAGCUGGAUUUGAACUUCAUUUAACUCUUGUUAACUUCC